GAGACUUCCGGUGCGCGGAGUGCGGUUCCGGGUCGUGGCGCGGCUCGGGGCAACAGGGCUGCUGCUCAGCUGGCGAGCGGCGGCGAGCGGCUGGGGCAUGAAGGCGAGCCCGGAAAGCGGCUGCUGAGCCGGCCGGGAGGAGCGCCAGUCCCCGAGGAUUCCGAGAGUGCGGAGCUCGGGCAGGGGCCGGGAGGCGCGGGGGAGCCGAGCCCUCCCCUCAGGAACGAGUCCCAGGGCCGACCCGGCCCGUAGUGUGGCAGCAGCUUCAGGUGUGUCCGUGGACAAGUUUGAGAGGCACUGUACUGUACCAGUCUCCCUUUAACUGGAUCUUGGCAGAUGGUAGGUGAGCCCGUGAAACAAUAUGAAGAGAAGAAAAUAGCCUUUUAAGGAAAUUGGCCCACAGAAAGGAUGGCCUUCUUGGACAAUCCAACUAUCAUUCUAGCUCAUAUUCGACAGUCACAUGUGACCAGUGAUGACACAGGAAUGUGUGAGAUGGUUCUCAUUGAUCAUGAUGUUGACCUAGAGAAGAUUCAUCCUCCUUCAAUGCCUGGAGACAGUGGGUCAGAAAUUCAGGGAAGCAAUGGUGAGACUCAGGGCUAUGUAUAUGCCCAGUCAGUCGAUAUUACCUCAAGUUGGGACUUUGGUAUUAGAAGACGCUCAAACACAGCUCAAAGAUUAGAACGACUCCGAAAAGAGAGACAAAACCAGAUCAAAUGCAAAAAUAUUCAGUGGAAAGAAAGAAAUUCUAAGCAAUCAGCCCAGGAGUUAAAGUCACUAUUUGAAAAAAAGUCGCUCAAAGAGAAACCUCCACAUUCUGGAAAGCAGUCAAUAUUAUCUGUACGCCUGGAGCAGUGUCCUCUGCAGCUGAAUAACCCCUUUAACGAGUAUUCCAAAUUUGAUGGCAAGGGUCAUGUAGGCACAACAGCAACCAAGAAGAUCGAUGUCUACCUCCCCCUGCACUCAAGCCAGGACAGACUGCUGCCAAUGACUGUGGUGACAAUGGCCAGCGCCAGGGUACAGGAUCUGAUCGGGCUCAUCUGUUGGCAGUACACAAGUGAAGGACGGGAGCCGAAGCUCAAUGACAAUGUCAGUGCCUACUGCCUGCAUAUUGCCGAGGAUGAUGGGGAGGUUGACACAGAUUUCCCCCCACUGGAUUCCAACGAGCCCAUUCAUAAGUUUGGCUUCAGUACUUUGGCCUUGGUUGAAAAGUAUUCAUCUCCUGGUCUGACAUCCAAAGAGUCGCUCUUUGUUCGAAUUUUAUCAGUAAUGCCUGUGGAUGAUAAGUGCCAGGGAUUUCCUCCGCAUGCUUUAACCUUGUCACCCAGAAAUGCUGCUCAUGGAUUCUCCCUUAUUCAGGUGGACAACACAAAGGUCACCAUGAAAGAAAUCUUGCUAAAGGCAGUGAAGCGAAGAAAAGGAUCCCAGAAAAUUUCAGGCCCUCAGUACCGCCUGGAGAAGCAGAGCGAGCCCAAUGUCGCUGUGGACCUGGAGAGCACUUUGGAAAGCCAGAGCGCCUGGGAGUUCUGUCUGGUCCGCGAGAACAGUUCAAGGGCAGACGGGGUUUUUGAGGAGGAUUCGCAAAUUGACAUAGCUACAGUGCAGGAUAUGCUGAGCAGCCACCAUUACAAGUCAUUCAAAGUCAGCAUGAUUCACAGGCUCCGAUUCACAACUGAUGUACAGUUAGGUAUCUCUGGAGACAAAGUAGAGAUAGACCCAGUUACGAAUCAGAAAGCCAGCACUAAGUUUUGGAUUAAGCAGAAACCCAUCUCAAUCGAUUCUGACCUGCUCUGUGCCUGUGACCUUGCUGAAGAAAAAAGCCCCAGUCACGCGAUAUUUAAACUCACGUAUCUAAGCAAUCACGACUAUAAACACCUCUACUUUGAAUCUGACGCUGCUACCGUCAAUGAAAUCGUGCUCAAGGUUAACUACAUCCUGGAAUCACGAGCGAGCACUGCCCGGGCUGACUAUUUUGCUCAGAAACAAAGAAAACUGAACAGACGUACAAGCUUCAGCUUCCAGAAGGAAAAGAAAUCAGGGCAACAAUGACACCGGCCUCCCGCUUCAAUCUGUUGCCAUAGUUCAGAGCCUGCCUGCCAGGGCCAGGUGACCCUAGAGCCCACCCUGUGUCCUGCAGUCCUCGGGGAGGCCAGCCCCUGCCUCACGAGGACAGGGCUGCUGGGCUCUUGGGGAAGGGGGGGCACCCCCUAGAACAGAGCUGGGGACGUUGCCACGGGACCGAACCCUGAGUGGUAAUGGCUUUGAUUAGCAGUGCCCGGGGCCGGACAACACCGAGAGGAGCCACAAGCUGCCCAGCCACCUUCACUGCCUGACGGCCCCGCCCGAAGAUGUACAUAGCCAUGCCCAGACAUGUCCUUGCAACUUGAUCAAAUUUCUUAAACGAAGAACAAAAAUGUACGGUUCUUUUUUUUUUCUUCCUUUUAAUAAACUCUUUAUCAUGGUU